CCGAUGCCAGCUCGGAAAAAUUCUUCAGCACCGCUGCAGUUAAAGGUCCAGAUCUUGGCAUUGAGCCGCUGCCCACCGAUGCCAGCCAGGAGGUGCGAGGCCUGGGUGUGCCCAAAGUGUCAGGCCUAGAGCGCAGCCAGGAGAAGAGCCAGGAGAGCGGCCGCGACCAGCCCCCACCGCCCCCCACGCCCGCCCCUGUGCCCGCCGCCAACGCCACCCCACAGCCCUUCAAGCCGCCCGCGUCGGCGCCCGCGCCCUCUCACCCCCGCCCGCUACACCCCCUCCAGCCUCCUCUGGUGCCCACGCGGCCCCUGGGGCAGCCCGCCUCCACGCCGGCCACCACCACCACCACCGCCCAGAUCCAGCACCUGCAGCCCCACUACCCCCACCUCCACCACAACCACAACCACCACAACCGCCACAACCACCACAACCACCACCACCACCACCAGCAGCAGCACCUCCAGCAGCAGCACCUCCAGCAGCAGCACCUCCAGCAGCAGCACCUCCAGCAGCCCGUGGCGCGUCCGUCGCCCCCCCGGAGACCCCCACCCCCUGCGGCCUCCUCCCCUCCCGCCACCCUGCCGCUGGCCCAGGCUCCCGAGCCGUCCCAGGCAGCGCCCCCGCGCCCGGCGCCCCAGCUCCCCGAGCUCCCGCCAGCGCACCCCGCACACCCCGCGCACGCCACGCACGCCACGCGCACGCCGGGCCCCCAGAACCAGCCGCCCUCGCCGGCCCUGCCCGGCCACCACAGACCACCCUCGCGCUGCCUCCCGCGGGCACUGCCCACCUACGGCAGCAGCCUGAGCCUUAACAGCCUGAGCAGUAGUAGGAGCAGUACUCCAGGGUCUAAGUCCCAGAGUGGGCCUCCUCCUCCUCCUCCUCCGGCCCCUGCGGUGCCCGCCUCUCACCCGUCGUCGGCCCCCCCUGGCGCGGGCUCCUCCUUCCCGCUGCCCGCGCUGCCCGUGCCCCCGGCCAGCCCUGCCGCUGUGGCCCACGCCUUCCCCGCGCCCCACCCUCACCACCCCAGCAUGUUGGCGCCCCCCGCCGCGCUGCCCCCACCUCCUCCACUGACCUCCAGCACCCUGCCCGCGCCCGGACACCCCGCGGCCCCCAGCGCCUACUCAGAGCAAGACCUCCUGAGGCAGGAGCUGAACACUCGCUUCCUGGCCUCGCAGAGUGCCGACCGCGGUGCCUCCCUGGGCCCCCCGCCCUACCUGCGCACCGAGUUCCACCAGCACCAGCACCAGCACCAGCACCAGCACCAGCACACGCACCAACACACACACCAGCACACCUUCACGCCGUUCCCCCACCCGGCCAUCAUGCCCACGCCUGCACCGCCCAUGGUGCGUACCCCAGCCAGAAAUUUUGACAAAUUCCCGACUAAAGUCGACCCCUUCUACCGGCACAGCCUGUUCCACUCCUACCCUCCCACCGUCUCUGGCAUUCCCCCGGUCAUCCCCCCCACCGGCCCCUUUGGAUCUCUCCAGGGGGCCUUCCAGCCCAAGACCUCCAAUCCCCUCGACGUGGGAGCCAGGCCUGGGGCCCUGCCCCACACACUCCUCCAGAAGGAUCCUAGGUUGACGGAUCCAUUCAGGCCCAUUCUCAGGAAACCAGGGAAAUGGUGUGCAAUGCACGUCCACAUCGCCUGGCAGAUCUACCACCACCAACAGAAGGUCAAGCAGCAGAUGCAGGUCGAUCCGCACAAGCUGGACUUUGGGUUCAAGCCGGAGUUCCUGACUCGUCCCCCAGGACCCAGCCUCUUUGGCGCGAUCCAUCACCCCCACGACUUGGCACGUCCCGCAACACUCUUUUCAGCAGCAGGUGCUACACACCCCUCGGCCACACCUUUUGGGCACCCACCUCAUCACCCUGGCAACUUCCUCACACAGGCGCCCCACCUAGGUACGCCCCAGUCGUUCAGUCGGCCGCCUGCGUUCGGAGGUCUGGGGGCUCUCAGCACAGCUGCCUUUGGAGGCCUGGGCAACCCUGCGCUCACGCCUAACUCCAUGUUCGGCCACAAGGAGGCGCCCAACGGCCAGCAGCCCUUCGGCGGCAGCCACGAGCCCUGGAACCGGCUCCACCGCACGCCCCCCUCCUUCCCCACGCCGCCGCCCUGGAUCAAGCCCGCCGAGUCGGAGCGCAGCGCCUCGGCCAGCUCGCACGAGCGCGAGAGGGAGCGCGACCGGGAGCCGGACAAACGCGACUCGUCCGCUAACAAAGACGACAAGGACAGGGACAGUGUGGAGAAGCGCCACUCCAGCCACAGCUCGCCCAUCCCCGUCAACCCCCUCAGCCUGCUGGGACACAACCGGCCGCCCGAGCCCCCGCGCAACCACCUGCCGCCCUCCGAGCCCCGUGACAAGGACAAGGACAAGCCCAAGGAGAGGGAGCGGGAGAGAGAGAGAGAGCGGGAGAGGGAGCGGGAGCGCGAGCACACCGACUCCUGGAAGGACAACGGCGUGGACGAGCACAAGCUCAAGGACGGCCACCACCACCACCACCACCACCACCACGGCGGCGACAAGGACGCGCCGGUCAUCCACGACGGACGCGCGUCCGAGGAGAAGGCGCUCGGCCGGGGGACCACGUCGCCCUACACGCGUCCCGGCGCGGGCCUCGGAGGAGGAGGAGGAGGCGGCGUGGCGCUGGGCGGUCUGGAGCGGGUCAACGGCGGCCUGAGCCGCGAGGCGCUGGACAAGAAGGCGGAGGCGCUGUACGGCGAGAAGAAGAGCCACGAGGUCAAGGUGAAGGAGGAGCGCAAGGAGGAGGCGGACGGCCCCGCCGAGAGGCCCUCCUCACACCCCCACCCGCACGCCCACCCCCACCCCCACCCACACCCCCCUCAACCACACACGCAGCCACCGCCACCUCCGCCCUCAGGCAACCCCGGGCUGCCCUCGCUCCACCCGGCCGCCUCCAUGGCCAUGCCCAUGGGCCUAGCCAGCGUGCACCCCAUGAACGCCAUCAGCGGGCUGGACAGGACGCGCAUGGUGGGGCCCUUCAUGGGCAUCAGCCCCAUCCCGGGGGCCGAGCGCUUCCCCUACCCGGCCUUCCACUGGGACCCCAUGCGGGACCCGUACCGGCGCCUGGAGCUGCACCAGAGGGACCCGCUGGCGCGCGACCUGCUGCUGCGCAACGAGGCCCUGCACCGCUUCGCCGGGCCGCGGCUCUACGAGGCCGAGCGCUCGUACCGGGAGCGCGAGCCGCACGACUUCAACCGGGAGACGCACGCGGCGCACGCGCACGCGGCAGCGCUGGAGCAGCGGCGGGACCACGAGCGGCAGCUGGAGGAGCGGGAGCGGCUGCACGCCCUGCGCGAGGACUACGAGCACGCGGCCGCCGUCGCCGCCGCCACCGCCGCCCGCCUCCACCCGCCGCACGUGCACCACCUGGACGGGCCUCACCCGCACCCGCACCUGGCGCACCACGGCCUCAUGGCGCCCGGCCUGCCCGCCAUGCACUACCCGCGCCUCAGCCCAGCGGCGGCGGCGGCGGCAGCGGCAGCGGCGGCGGCUCAUCAGAACGGCCUCCUGAACAAGAACCCCCCCACGGCCUCGCUCAGCGCCCCCCCGCCACUCAUCCCCUCGCUGGGCGCGCGGCCCGCCUCCCCCCGACGGACUACCCCCCUGGGCACGGACCUCAGAGACAGACCGCCCUCACACACACACAAGGACAUCGAGGCGCGAUGAAACUGACCAUCCCUCACACACACACACACACACGCACACACACUCAGACACACACACAUGUGCCCAAGAUCUGUGCCUGACAGACUAUAUAAUACAGAACUCAAAAGCAAGCACUUAACCCUGGGCAGUGGAGACUGUAUCAUACCUGUGUAUACUAAAUCCCAGGACCAGGGCUCACGCAAAUGACCUUUGGUCCUGUUUGUUUGUUUGUUUGUUUUUUUUCUGUUUUGUAAAAAUAAAAAAAAAUCAAAUACAAAUAGCGGACAAUUAACUGAACAAAUGAAAUUUUGCAUACAUUUUAUCCUAUUUGCUCCUGCUUUUUGUGUGGACUGGACUGACUCUGGCAUUUGUACAGAAAACUUGCUCUGAAGCGAUGAGAAGUGUGCGGGCCAAAGGACCCCCCCCCCAUCCCAAGAGCGCUGUCUUUGGAAUGUACAGCUACUUCACUACAUUACUGACAAGGUCAAGACUGUAGAUAAUGUGUAUAGUCGGUGUGCUAACUCCUUAUGGCUAAAAUCAAGGUGCAAAAAUAUGCAAAAAGGGUGUUACGAAAGCUUUACUUUGAACAAAUGUACAUAAAGGACAUGAAGCUUGAAGUGCAGCGUGUGCAGUUGUCUUUCCACAUUGGUUUUCUUGCUCAGUGACGGCUAGCAGUGGCUCCUUGGCAAGGUUCAGCGUACAGUACAUCUCCCCCGAGACCUAACCCUCAGUCCAGCGCCCUUCAACUAUGCAACAUGUGGGAUUUCUCUUGCUCUCACUGUCCACCUCUGAAUCUCACAACCCUGACACCUCUCUCUCUCUCUCUCUCUCUAACUUCUUACUUCCUUCCCUAUCUCCUUCUCUUCUUCCUCUCAGUCCCUCUCUUUCUUCACCUCCACUCUCUCUCUCUCUCUCUCUCACAAACAUCUAACGGACACCCCAGUCAUGCACUCUCUCCACAACCAUGCCAUCCCAUGUAGAUUGGAAAGAUGGAAACGAACGUACCCGGUAUGCACAGAGGAGAAAACAAAUCAUGUUUUUCCAAAUUGUUUUGUGGUGACAAUCCUUAUGAUUAUGUUUGGUAGAAGUAUAUUUAGAUCUCUAUUUUUUGAUGUAUCUCCCAACCAUCGAGGUCACUGAGUACAGGCUAGAAUGUUUCCUUUGAGCGACGUCUUCUGUUGUGGAGAGAAUGCAUACUCAACAUCACAAACACCUUCCUUUGGCUCAAGGAGUGGAAUGUAGGUGUCUGGCAAAUUGAAAAUGAGUUUCCGUUGGUUUAACAGUGUAUUUAAAAAGUGCUAUCCUAAGCUGUUGUAUCUACAAAACUAAAAAGACAAAAAAGCUAGAAGUCUAAACUGUGGGCAAGUUGGUUUUUAAAUGGGCAAAGAUCUAUUUUAGUAGUCCACCGAAGGCUUAGUUGUGCGCUUCAAACUCCGUGAGAUUCAGAUGUUGUGCAGUGUUUUUUUUAAUCAAACAUUAAAAAUGUUGACAGGAGCAGUAGUGAUUAGUCAAUGCGUAUUGCAAAGAGAUUGUUAACAGAAACUUUUUUUGCUGUUUAUCAUGUACGUAAAAAAAUGAAGUCCUUUCUAGAUCAUGUACAAAAGGGAAAAAGUGAAGCGACUGAAUCUUCAGCAUGCUCCUCAUUUAAACUUGUGUUAUGUAAAUUGUGCCAUGUUAUUAAAAAAUGUGA